AUCUUAGCAUCAAUGAGCAGAGAAGAAGAAAAAUUAUAUUGAAUUGUAUUAUUUUUAUUUUUCAAUUAAUUUGUCUGUUUACUGUCUAUCUAAAUAUCGUAAUUUUGAUUGAUAUUGUCAAAAAAUAAUUUCCAUACCAAAUACCAAAGAUAAAUUUAAUACAAAUAAUGCCAAUAUCUAAUUAUAAAAAUUUUUCAACUGUAUAAUUUUUAACUAAUAUUAACUAAUUAUUUUUAUCGAAUUUCAAUCAGCCAACUAAGCAUUAUUUAGUUGACUUCACAUCGUUCAUUAAUUGUAUGUCAAAAUAUCUUAAUUCUUUUAAUCAGUGAUUUGUGCAAUGUUUCCUCAGUUUGGUAAACCUUAGAAUUUCUUAUCUAAUAUUUCUAGAAUGUUAGUAGAACAUUCAUAAACAACUUUUUAAGGAUAAAUCAAAUUUUUAACGUUCUCGUCAUAGAAGUAUAAGUGUAUCUUUUUUAUUAAUGUUGCACUCUAAUUUAAAUUUAAUUAUAAUCAAAUAUUCAUUAGACUAGAAAACCAAAUUUUAUACGUUUAACAUAUACUUACAUUAUUUAACUAAACAUACAGUUAUUAAUGAUAUAGUAAAUAUACUAAUUCUCGAUUGUUAAAAACGUAUGUACCUAUUUUAUAGAAUUAGAUUUAAAAUUAUUAUGAAUUAAAUGGUUGCUGUUUAAGUUUAUGCUUAAUGAUUGAUUAGAUAACCAAACUAUCUACUAAUCAUUAAACAAAAUCAUGAUUUUAUAAUACAAAUUGCUAUAAUAAUAUUGCUCUAUACAUUUACAAUUAAUUUAUUUCUCUACAAUACCCAUAAAUCAAUAGGUAUUUGUUUGUAUUAUUUGUAUUGUAUGAAAUUAUAAAAUAAACAUGGCUUUAACAUUUCUAAUAUUUAAAAAUGUAUAUUCAUACAAAUUUAAUUUAAUUACUAUUCGGUAUAUAUUUACUUACAGAAACAGUUUGUUUCAUAAUUUUAAAAUUAUAUCUAAUAUAUAUUAUGAUUUCUAUUCAGUGAGAUAGUUCUACUCUGAAUAAAGUAAUUUAAACCCAUGCUCAAAAAAAUGCUUAUUACUAAUAAAUAUAGUAUAUACAGAUAGUAUGUCUAAUAAGUACAUUAAAAUCUUUUGAAUAAUAUCUAUUACAAAGUGGCUAUUUUGAAAAGUGAAUAAAUAAAUUAGUUUUUAUCAUAAUAUAUGACCAAAAAAAAUUAAGAACGUUCAUUUUUCUGUAUUGACUUUUGCCGAUACCACUUUUUUAACAUUUCAACAGUUAUUUUAAAUUUUGCCUGAUUGUAUUUUAUAUUUUAUAAAAUUAAGCACUGAAAUAACCAAGUGUACUUUAUUUGUUCUAUAGAAAAUGGAUAACCCAGUAGGAUUUGAUUUACGAAAUAAGUCUGCACACAUAAGUUCAUUAAAUAAAACUCCAGCUUCCAUUGUACAAGAAUAUGCUGCCAAAAAUAAACUUGUUCCUCAGUAUGACCUCAUAUAUAAUGGAAUUUCACAGAGCAAGGUUACUUUCAGAUAUAGCUUAACAUUAGAUGAUUAUACUACUGUAGGUGAAGGGGCUUCUAAAAAAGAAGCUAAACAUGUAGCCGCUUUAAAAAUUCUUAAGCUGAUGAUUAAUGAUAAUCCACAUUUGUUGAAAACAGAAUUUAAGCAAUGGGACUUUGAAAACCAUGUUGUCUCUCCAUUUGAUGACAAUAUUAAAGUAAACGCUGUUGGUCAAUUAAACGAUAUCUGUACAAAUCAUAAACUUGGAUUGCCAGUUUUUGAGCUAGUACGAGAAGAAGGUCAAGCUCACGCUAAAUUGUUUACUAUAAGUUGUCAAGUGGCUAAAAUGAUUGAAACAGCAACACACAAGACCAAAAAACAAGCAAAGCAUUUUGCUGCUGUUCAAAUGGUGAAUAAAUUAAAAUGCAUGGACAAAUCGUUGGCUCCUGAACUUGAAACAAAUAAAACUUAUGAUUCCAUUAAGGUUUUGGAGCAAGUUGAAGUUAUUAAAUCGGUAAAAGUAAAACUAAAUGCCCCUAUGGAUGAACACAUAACUAAUUAUCAUUUGCUUUUCAAAAAUCAUGAAUGGCCAGAGACUGCUGGUUUAGACGCCCUUCUCCAACAAUAUCUCUCUAAUGAUUGUGAUUUGAAUAUUGAUGAUCCUGUCGGUGUGUUAAAUAAUAUUGCUGAAGAGUGUGAAAUGAAUUUGACAUUCAGAAUCAUGGACAAAUCUGUUAUCGUAGAUGCAGAAAAUCUCCAUUGUGUAUUGUCCAUUGAUAAUAUAUAUCCUCCUGUUUGCAGUGUGGGUAUGGCUAAAAAUGCAAACGAAGCCAAAGAAAAAGCUGCCUUUCAAUUACUCAAGAAUAUAUGUGUAUUAUAUAAAUAAUGGCAUGUUUUCAUCACAAAUAUACAUUAUAUUAUUUAACUAAAUUAUUUAUUUACUUGUUUUUUUAAGCAUUACUGAAUAAUGUAAAUGAAAAAAUUUAAUUAGUUUUCCUUAGGCCAUGAUUAU